CGGUGUUUGACGUAUCUCUCGUUCGUCUUCGUUGUACAUGUACAAUUUAUAAUCUGUGGCGUAUUUGAGUGUUUUGUUUGUUAUCAAACAUUUUGCUCCGAAAAGUGGAUAAAAUAAAAGUCCAAUAAAGUUGAACUGUGCAAGUAAAAAUAGUACACAGUUAAACGAAUCAUUCCAAUAUUAUUGAAGUUUACACUGGCUAUAAGUGUUUACCAUUUUGAGGUUAUAAUCCUAGUUUUGUGAAUCAAGCUAAAAGUAUUAUUCAAAUAUGGUUUGUGAGAAAUGUGAGAAGAAAUUGGGCCGUGUGAUCACACCGGACCCUUGGAAGUCUGGAGCCAGGAACACCGUGGAAUCCGGAGGAAGAAAAGUCGGUGAAAACAAAGCCCUAACUGCAAAGAAAGGGCGAUUCAAUCCUUAUACGAGCAAAUUUCAAGAAUGCAGGAUCUGCAGAACAAAAGUACACCAAGUUGGCUCACAUUACUGCCAAGCCUGCGCCUACAAGAAAGGAAUAUGUGCUAUGUGCGGGAAAAAAAUAUUAGACACCAAAAACUAUAGACAAAGUUCUACAUAGAAUCUUUUUUUAGUUAGUUUUUUAAUGAAGAUAGAAUGUGAAGAUUUGAAAUGUUUUUUUUGUAAAUUUGAUAAUCUAUGUACAAUGGCCAAUGGGUCAACCUGAUGCUACUUUUUUAUUGUAGUUUUGACUUUACAUCAAAAGUAUAACGUAGAAAAUUGAACGAAAAUGUUUGUAGCACUACAGUACUUGUGAAUUCAUAUUACUCAUUUAUUGUAUUAAUUACCUGUGAAUUUUGAUGUUUCAAUCAAAUAGUGAACUGUCAAUUGAGAGGUUUGCCCUUCACAGUAAAGGGCUAUACGUAGUUUAGUAGUAAUUAAAAUGAUUUAUUUGGGAAUUUAUAAUUUAAUGUAUGAGCAAAUGUCUUUUAGGGACUUAUAGCUAUGUAUUAAAUGUAAAAGAUUAUUGUAUCAUGAUUGAUAUGAACUGUCUGUAAAGUAACUAUGUACUUGGAAAAAAAAUAUGUUUACAGUUUAGCUGAAAAUAAAUUAUGUUUGAUAUUAAAGUCCAAUGUAGUUUCCUAAUUUGUUAAUUUCAUAAUUGAUAAGAUUUUGUAAAAUAUUGUAAAUAUCUAAAUCUCAAAGAUUACCUAAACCAGAUUAUUAAACAUUGAAGAAAAUGUUUCUGUAAUUGUUAUAUUUCUUGUACAUAAUG